AUGACUUUUAUGAAUUCGUUAUCAAAAUCACGAGCAAUUUGGAGAUGGAAAUCAAAUACUAAUCCCUGGGCAAAUACUGAACCUGACACAUGGGAACAAUAUUCAGAUAUUGAAAGUUAUAUCAUCGAAAAUGCACAUCAACAAAAUCAAAAUAAAGUUGAAUUGGAUGAUUUUUGGAUUGAUUUUAAUAAACAAAUUCAAAUCAAUAAACAAAAUCCGAAUAAACAAAGACUCAGUAGGCGCAAAAUCAUGGACAUAUCGGAUGAACAUAUUAGAGAACACAGAUUUGCAAUGCAACAACCAAAAAGUCGUUACCAAUCAUUGAGCCACGACCCAUUUCGUUCGUUUAUUCACAAUUCAAGAUUUAAUUUGAUUUCAGAUGAUGCAGUAAACGAUGAAAUGAUUGAAAAAGCAGCUCAUGGUAUUGAAGUAGAUGGUACAAAAUUGAAUAGAAAACAAGAAGCACAAUGCAUUGCAAAUGAAUUAAGAAAGGUAAAAAAUGGAAGUACAAAAGAAAUCUUGGACUGCUGCGUUAAAUUAUAUACAGCUGAAAGUUUUUGUACAAAUUGA